AGGAGGAGGUGGUGAAACCUUAUAUGGUACAUACCAUACAACCAAAUUCAUUCAGCUCUCGUCUGCAUUAUUGGAGCUACGAACUGCGCGUCUGAAGGGACUGAGUGUGCACCGUAUCUAAUUAAGUCUACUGAUGUUUGGAAGUAUUGACUUGAUCUCAUGCGGGAUUUCUUUUGCAAUAUAGCAAGAGUUUGGAUAUAGUUUGUUACGGUUAUACUACACGGCGUUCAGGGCUUGUCAUAAAAGCAUUUCGAGUAAAACGUCGCGUCCUCGUUUCUAAUCUGUCCCUGAAAAGACAUUCUCUUUCCCCCCCACGCAUUUAAAAUUUUAACAGCAGGCAAAACAUGCUUAUAAUAGGUAUAAUAUUUGACAAGUGUGUUUUGUGAAAUUUUGGAGUCGCAUUACGCACCAGUUAAUUCUUUUUAUUGUUAAAAACAUAGAAUGGCGUUACCAGAAAUGAUAACGAACUUACUCCAGCUGUCAAAGGACAAUAUUUUGCUGCUAUUGCUUGCAGUCUUGAUUGCCAUCCACUUGAUCACCGAUUUGGUGCGCCACUGGAGCGCGCGGACUUUACCAGGCCCGUUUCCGUGGCCGAUCGUCGGUAAUGCGGCGCAAAUCGGGAGCUACCCGCACAUCUACUUUACGCGCAUGGCGCAGCACUACGGCGACGUGUUUCAGAUCAAGCUUGGCAACCGUACCGUGGUGGUGCUUAACGGCGACGCGAUCCGACAAGCGCUCGUGCAGAAGGGUGUGGAUUUCGCCGGCAGACCUGAUUUCGCCUCGUUCCGCUUCAUCUCUGGCGGGCGUAGCAUAGCUUUCGGAAAUUACAGCGAAUGGUGGAAGGUGCACAGACGGGUGGCCCAUGCCACCGUGCGCAAGUUCACCACGGGUAACCCGGACACUAAGAACACCAUCGAGAACCACGUCGUGAGUGAGGUCAAAGAGCUGAUCUCGUUGUUCAUGCGCGAAACGAGCGCGCAUGGCUACUUUCAACCACACCAAUACCUUGUGAUGUCCAUGGCAAACAUUUUCAGCGCCUUGUGCUUCGGGAAACGCUAUUCGUACGACGACGUCGAGUUUCAGCAGGUGGUGGGGCGUAACGACAAGUUCACAAAGACGGUGGGCGCUGGCAGCAUUGUGGACGUUAUGCCUUGGCUCCAGUUCUUUCCCAACCCCAUCAAAACGUUGUUCGAUCAGUUCAAGGAACUCAACUCAGAGUUCUAUGAAUUCAUCCUGGCCAAAGUUGUGGAGAACCGGAGGACCAUGGAGCCGAGCAUCGUCAGGGACAUGACAGAUGCGCUCAUCAUGACGCUGGACCGCGGUAUGACUGGCACCCCCGGGGUCACACUGGAUGAGAAGUAUGUGCCCCCCACCGUCGCGGAUAUCUUCGGCGCGAGCCAGGACACCACAUCCACCGCGCUGCAGUGGAUUGUUCUGCUGCUCGUGAGGUACCCAGACAUUCAGAAGAAACUUCAGGAAGAAGUGGAAAAAGUAGUGGGAAGAAAUCGUCUACCCUCCUUCCAGGACCAACAACAUCUCCCAUAUGUGAUGGCUUUCAUCUAUGAAAUGAUGCGGUUCAGCAGUUUUGUCCCCGUGACAAUCCCUCACAGCACAACCACAGACACCUCCAUUGAUGGAUAUCCCAUUCCCAAAGGCACCGUGGUUUUCAUCAACCAGUGGUCCCUGAAUCAUGACCCCAAAAAGUGGGACCAGCCUGAGGUCUUCAACCCACAGCGCUUUCUGGAUGAAGAAGGGGAACUAAAUAAAGAUAUAACAGGCAAUGUCCUGAUCUUCUCUAUGGGAAAGAGGAGGUGUAUUGGAGAGGAACUCUCCAAAAUGCAGCUUUUCCUCUUCACAACACUCCUGACACAUCAGUGUCACUUUACAGUGGAUAAACAACCCUCUCUGGACUGCAUGUAUGGGCUAACGCUGAAGCCUAACCCCUUCCAAAUAUCAGUAACUCUGCGUGCGUGACUGCACUAGAUGGAGAAGAAGGGCUGACCACAUCUUCAUAAGCAGGAAGUGAAUGAAGAGUUUGAAUAAACUAUGAACAGUGGCUCAACUGAAAAUGCACAUUCAGUAUCCAACAAAAACUUUUAAAGACAUUUUAACCAAUGGCGUAGGUUUAAUUUUUAAGUUUUGGGGGGAAGACCCUACUAAUACCACCUAACCCUUUGCAUGAACAUGUCUAACUGUGUAACGGGUCAAUAUCUUUAUUCUGGUGAUGCAGACAAAGUAGAAACAUCAAGCAAGUCCUUGUGGGUAAAUAAAUUCAAACAUGGGCAUUAUAAAUAUGGCAUCAAUUUACUAAAUAAUACAGUGCACAAUUUACUCCCUUACAAACAUUAGAGGAACAUAACCCAAUUCCCACUGAAACCUAUGCCUACGGUUUAAACUAGGCAAAAUAUUUAAUUUAUGUAAAAUGAAGGUGGCAUUAAGAACAAUGACUAGUGAAGCAGACCUCUGUUAUCAGGUAAAACCUACUGUAUCUGUACAAGAACAUGUUAAUAUAUUUAUGAAAUAACUACACUCAGGCAAACCUUUAUGAUGUAAAGUUUAAGUUGAAUAACUAUGACAUUCAGGUAGUUGAACAUUAAUGCACUGACAUUACAAGGAGGCAAAAUUCAGUUUAGUCACUUAACAGUCCUCGGUUUAAUAACCUCAUAUCUGCAAUUUACAGCUAAAGAAACUAGUGCAUAUAUCCAAGUUAUAUGUUUAGUUCUAUAUAUUCCAAUUAUUCCUUCUUUUACUUUUACUUGUUCAAGAGUUAGCAGCAUUUAUUUAGUGCUUUGCAAAGCUGAAUAUUAUUAUUUACAGGACAUUAUUAACACACACACAGUCCUGAGAUAACUGCUGUAGACCUAUUUUAAUAAACUAUUCAUAUAUUUAUAUGAUGUUAUAUGUAUUAAGAAUUACAGUGUAAUAGAGAAAUGUUGGAUGAUCAUACUGAAAUUAUCUUUGCAUAUUUUUGAUAUUCUUCAAAUAUACUUUAAAUGAGUUAACUGUACUAACAGAAAAAUGUCAGUGAUGUCCAGUGUGCUGCUACACUGAAAAGAGAAAGACUUUGUGUGCAGUUUUCAUUGUACUAAGAUGCUUGACAGUUACAUUUUGCAAAGUGUACAAAUGAUUAUAGGACACAAUAAACAACUCUAGUAUUAAAGGGUGACAAAAUGGCUCAUUUAAGGUGAUUUUAGCAGCUGUGUUGGAAAUGUUCAUUAAACUCAAUUC